CUUCUAAGUCUAUGUUGAUGAAACAGUUCCUCAUGUCAUGUGUUCUGUAUCUGUAAGUUAGUUUACCGGUUAUCCUAAUGACAACUUUCUAGUUUUUAAAUUUUAAUUUUAUUUUAAUUAAGCUUCAUAGAUCUCAUAGAAACUGUUAAAAGAAACCCUGUAAAAUGACUUUAUACCAUUUUGGAAAUUGUUUAGCCUUAGUUUAUAUACCUUAUCAUCUGACUUAUAAAUAUUCUGGGUUGUCUGAGUAUGGAGCUUUCUGGAAGUGCAUCCAAGCUGGAGGUAUUUACAUACUCACCCAAUUGUGCAAAAUGCUCCUUUUGGCUACAUUUUUUCCAACGGCGGAGACAAACAUUCACGGGCAAGUCGACGUACUCGGGGAAUGGUUGAAAGCGACGGUGGAUCUUGCAGACUUAGCCGGCAUGUAUCUAGUCUUGUCUAGCAUUCCCGGGAAAGGGCAUGCUAAACUGUUAACCGCCGGGCUCGGUUGGGCAGGGGCGGAAGCGAUUUUGACGCAUUUCUUGCCUCUUUGGGUUGGAGCGAGAGGCGCCGAAUUCCACUGGAAAUACAUCCAGAAGAGUUUAGACUCAAAUAUCAGCCUCGUACAGCAUAUAACGACCUGUGCCCUUGUUUGGAUAUGGUCGAGGCAUGACUUGUCAAAGUCGAUUUUUCCCGUUGUAAGCGGAAUGCUAGUCUUAUCGUCGUACAAAACUCUUCUGAUUGAUCUUGUCGUCGAAGCGACCAUGGACACGUGGACAUUCCUUUUACUUAAAGCUGUGUAUACACUUUGUCUCACCCUACCCACUUUAAAAAUAUAUGCUGGGCUCGCGACUAGUAUUGGAUUUUUUUAAACUCAUUUUUCAAAUUUAUUAUUAAUUUAUUUAAUUUACCUAAUCAUCACCAUGAUCUUUGGGAAGAUGUUAUAGUUUGUCCUUUGUCUAAUUUUAAAAUAAAUUUUUUGUUCUUUGUGUUA